AAAAUGCUGUCCCUUAAAAACGUCAAAAUUUCAUGUAGAAUUCAACGCACAAUUUGAAAUGUUCCCAAGAUUUAUACUGCGAAGAUACUCCUCGGCUUUAACGAAGAGUAAAGAGCUGAAAAAAAAAUUAUGCAAAGAACCAGUAGAGAACAGCUUUUGCAACGUAGCCCUUAUAGGAGCAGAUUCUAAGCUGGGCGAACUAACAGCUUUCUUGGUGAAGCAAAACCCUUUGAUUACAACCUUACAUCUUCAAGGGGGUGCCGGAGUUGUUGGUUUAUGUGAGGAUUUGGCUCAUAUCGAUACCAGAUGUAGGGUUGUCGCACACGCUGGUUUGGAUAACUAUAGAAAUGCAAUGAAAACUGCUGAUGUGGUAGUCCUUCUUGGUUUGGGUGGGUUCUCCUCGAGAACAACCAUUGGAGAUCGUGUGAUGGCGGAGGGAAAUAGGAUUUGUAAGUUAGCCGAGAAAUGUACCAAAUACGCCCGCAGAGCUAUCAUUGUUGUCUGCUCUACGCCCGUUAGUGUUAUGACGCCAUUGGUUGUUGAUAUGUUCAAGCGAACAGACUGGUAUCAUCCUUCAAGGAUCGUCGGUUUUCCUGGGCCUGUAUCAGUUGUUCUUAACACCGAAGUGGCUCGGCAUCAGUGCUUCGAUCCAAGUAUUGUAGACGUACCAAUCAUUGGAGGACCAGAUCUAGAAUCAAUUGUGCCGGUAUUUUCCAAAGCUGUACCCUGUCCUGUGGACCGAAGAAGCGCUGUGGAGCUGACUGCUCGUUUGAGAGGACUGGAUCCUAGUGACUUCCCCAGGAGAUCUCGAACUGAGAACACCUUCGUCACUGCAGUAUACCCAGAGGCUAUAGCCCUCAACCGCCUCAUAUCCACCAUUGCCUACGGCAUACAUGGCGAUGAGGUAGCUGUUAGUUACGCGCAUGUGAGGACAAAUUGGAUCAAGACUUGCAGAUUUUUGGUAUCCCAGGUGAGAUUUGGAAAAACUGGUGUUGUACACAAUUAUGGCAUACCAAAACUCAGUAAGUUCGAGCAGGAUCUACUAGAAAGGGGGGUAGCAGCAGUUAGUGAUAGAGAACAUAUGGCUAAAGAGUAUCUAGAUUACUACUUGUCGAAGAGGAGAGAUAUCUUGCCCUGUUUCAAACAGAGGGAAAUUGAAGAGUACCACCAGAAGAGGGAGAGUAUGAUGAGGAAUUGAUAUGUUCGAAUACCAAGUGUUGUCCAUGAAUAAAAUCCAAAUUUUAUGGGGAA